UAUUCUGAAUGGGUUGAAGAGUUGGCAAGACCUCGAGACCGGCUGAGCCUUUCAACCCAACAAUAACAUUGUUACCAUGGUGUCCAAAUUUUGUAAAUAUAAACAAUGUGUCAUGCUGCGUCUCAUUUUUAAAACUCGUUUUGACCUCAUGACAGCUCUUUCAGAAUAAAAUUACCUCUGAGGUAUAUUCAUCUCUGGAAACAAUGGCAAGUAAAGUACAAUGAAGACAACAUUUGGAGCUAUGUCACCUGGCAGAGCUGAAGGUAUUCCUUCUGCAGUAGAAUUCCCCUCCCAACGGAGAGAGACAAUCGACUGGCAUAAACUGGCUUCUGUAGACCUCCAUGAAUUGUCCUCAGGAUGUAGUAUAGAGGUUCUCCAAGAUCAUUUGUCAUACAUAACUUUCUGUGAUGCAGAAUCAGAAUUUGAUAUUGGAACAAGUACGGGCCAACGAAAUCUUCUCAAGAUGUUUCGCUUAGCACAGCUCAUUAUUCAGUACCUCUUCCUGUCCCAGGAGUUUAUUGAAACUCAACUUAAAGUGGCUCAGGAUGAACUUGUACAGAUUACAGAAAAAUAUCAGCAGGUGAAGGCAAAGUUACUGCAGCAGGUUGAAGCAGCUAAGAAAAUGAAGACAACUAACAGAAACAUGCGUGAAACUGUGAAAUAUAUCAACUCAUUUGCACUUGCUAAUGGCCUAUUCCAGUCCCUGAAAUGUCCUCUGUGUACCAAGAGUUUUCGGGGCCAGGACUUCCUCCAGUCCCACUUGUGGCGGAAACACCCUAGUCAAGUCAGCUCUGUUACUCUUCCACAGACUACUCAGAUGCCAUCAGCUGUAUCAAGUUCUUUUGUAGUGCCAAAUGUAACUUCAGAUAUUAGACAAGAAGUACCUCAUACCAGUGAAUCUGUCCUUCAGUCUGCACCUUCAGGAACUAGAAUUUCCUCAAAUUUGAAUGAUAUUGAUUCAUAUAAAUUAUCUGAAAUUGAGAAAAAAUGCAAUACAAUGAAUGAAAAUUUCACAAAGAUUAUGAGAGAACUGGAGGAACAAAAAAGAUCAUUAGAAAGAGAAAACAAAAAGAGUCAGGAAGAAGUAAAGCGAGCACGGGAAGAAAAACAUCACACAGAAAGAGAAUGUGAAGCCCAUUUAGAGAAAUUAAGUGAGCAGCUUGUUCAUCUCCAGAAGACAACAGUAGUAAUGCUUCCACAUCUGAUACUGAAAGAUUUGUAGAGCUCAUAAAAAAAC